CACUCUCCUCCAUUCUUCAUUGUCUUUCGUCACUCUUCCCCGCCGCAAACGGUGGCCCCGUAUGGACUCUAAUCCCUCCAUCACCAUUGCCCCCCUCCAAAAGGACAAGCUUGUCGUCAUCAUGGGCGCCACCGGCACUGGAAAGUCCCGCCUUUCUCUUGACUUGGCCACUGGACACUUCCCUCAUUCCCAAGUCAUCAACUCCGAUAAAAUGCAAGUUUACAGAGGUCUCGAUAUCACCACCAAUAAACUAUCUCUCCAUGAGCAACGCGGCGUCCAUCAUCACGUGCUUGGCGAGUUCGACUCAAUAGACUUGGAUUUCACCCCUUCCCAGUUCCGCGCCGCUGCUGGGUUAACAAUCUCCAACAUUGUUUCCCACGGAAACCUGCCUCUGCUUGUUGGGGGCUCCAAUUCGUUUAUUCAUGCUCUGCUUGCAGAGCAGUUUGACCCGAUGGAUGAUGUGUUUUCCGGUUCGAGCUCGGUAAGCCGGGAGCUGAGGUACGAUUGUUUAUUUCUCUGGGUCGACGUCGCAUGGCCGGUUCUGUGCGAUUAUCUCUGUAAGCGAGUCGAUGAUAUGCUUGACUCCGGCAUGUUCGAAGAGCUGGCUCGGUUUUACGACCCCGCGAAGGAAGGAUAUCGGGUCGGAAUAAGGAAAGCAAUCGGAGUGCCCGAAUUCGAUCGGUAUUUUCAGAGGUACCCGCCGUGGGAGAAGGAAGAAAACGGCGGCAUUCCAGAUGAGGGAAGUGAUCCAGCACGGAAGGAAGCAUACGAGGAGGCUGUAAGGGAGAUUAAGGACAACACGUGUCGGCUAGCGAAAAGGCAGAUAGGGAAGAUCCUACGGCUAAGAGGGGCAGGAUGGGACAUACGGAAAGUGGACGCGACGGCGUCGUUUAGGGCUGUGAUGGCAUCGGAUUCAAGGGAAAAAAAAGACUGGAGGGAUAGAUGGGAAAGGGAAGUGAUGGAGCCAAGCGUGGAGAUUGUGAAGCGUUUCCUGGAGUAGGUUUUCCAGCCGUUUCUUUCUACCCCAAUGCCAUUUUGGGUCACUAUCUCAUUCUCAAAAACCACACAUCUUUUAUCAGGGAGAGAGUGAUGGCUCCGCCACAGAGCUAAAAAGGCAACCCAUUUACGGCGGACCGCCGACCGCAAAAAUUACUGUUUGUCUUUUCUGUAUAUAAUCUGUAUUGACCUUCAACGGCGGACGGCAGGCCCCGUGGCUGGAUCGAUGCUGGGAUUAGACUUUAGAGGACAUGGGAUCUUGUUUGGGGGGAGGAAUGGGUUGAAGGUCAAUACAGAUUAUAUACAGAAAAGAUAAACAGUAAUUUUUUCGCAGAGUAGACAAAUUUUGUGAUAUUAGAGCAUGUUUCUUAAGUACUUCACUUAAUUUCCUCUGCAGUAUUGGGCUUUAGGGGUAUUUAUCGUUCACUUCUGGGACCUGAAACCUUGAAGAAUCUUUUCCAUUUUUCGAUUAUGUAUGGAAAGAUAGAAACAAAAUUACCACAAUUUUAGGUAUUCACUUAAUUUUGUUAGGCCUAGGUGCUUUUCUUCUAGUAUUCAAGGCUCUUUAUUUUGGAGCUGUAUAUGAUACCUGGGCUCCAGGGGGGGGAGAUGUAAGAAAAAUUACCAACUUGACUCUUAGUCCACCUGUUAUAUUUGAUUAUUUACUAAAAUCUCUUUUUGGAA